GAUGUUUAUCUCAAAAACUAGUUUGUCAUACGUCAAAAACUUUUAGUGGUGGGGCUUAUAAAAACCAACGCGUUUUGUCCAAAGCUAACAAAAUAGCAAGAGUAAAACAGAGCAAAAAAAAUGGCAGCUCAUGGAUCAUCUUGUGGAGCAUGCAAGUUCCUAAGGAGGAAAUGCAACAUCGAUUGCGUCUUCUCGCCUUACUUCAGCUACGAGCAGGCCUCAUCUCAUUUUUCAGCGGUCCACAAAGUCUUUGGCGCAAGUAAUGUCUCAAAGCAUUUGCUUAGUUUGCCUCUACAUCAAAGAAGCGCAGCUGCGAUUACCAUCUCCUACGAGGCUCUCUCUCGCAUGUGUGAUCCUGUUUAUGGCUGCGUCGCCCACAUCUUCGCUCUUCAGCAACAGGUCAUGACUUUGCAAGAGGAGAUCGAGUUUCUUGGGACGCAUAUGGCGAACUUAUCCAACACUACUCAGAGCAGGUCACAACCUAAUGACAUGCCCGAGUUUCUGAAUCAGAUGACAAUGGACACUACGACCGGUUUCAUCGACCAGACAGUUUUGAACAACGACGUUGGAAUAAACUGCAUUGAAGGGUUCUUCACAAACCCGGAGGAAGUGCUCGUGAAUCAUCCAUGGUUUCAGAACAUGGAUCAUUACUACUACGCACCACAACAUUAGACGUGAACUAAAAAUGAUCGAUCAUAUAUAAAAGAAUGCGCCGUUUUUACAUAUGCCAUGGUUUUUUGCCAUGAGCCAUUAUAUUUAGGUCACGUUUUCUAAAUUGUAUGCAAUCUGUUAAGGGUUAAUUAGAUCUUGGAAUCCAAUUACAAUUGGAUUAUAAAAAAAAAUGCAUUUCGGUGAUGUCUCUCCCUAAGUCAAUAGUAUGACGUUAGUGUUUCAUUUGGGUCUAUGUAAAAUGUUUGUUUAGCAUGCAUUCCUGAGUCAAGUUCUAAUUAAUGUGAUAUAUCAAUUAUAAUUAUUGA